AUGCAAAAUAAUGAAGAAAACCUUAAAUAUUCAGCUCAACAAUCGUCAACACCAUCUGUAUUAGUAAAAACUUAUGGUGACAUCUAUUUUAAUACCCAAAAUACAGAAAGUGCUGUAAAAUUUUUUGAAGAACUUGGCAUUUUGCCUAAAAUACGUUCUUGUUCCAAAUGCAAAAGUCCUAUGCGAAAAACUAAAGAUAAUUCACGUGCUUGUGGUCAUUCAACCACUAUAAGAUCAGAAACCUGGCUAGCCAGAUCUAAAUUAUCUUUAGUACAAAUUGCUAAAAUUAUGUUUUGUUGGUCACAUAAAUUACCUCAAAAAUUUGCAGCCUUGGAAUCUGAUGUUAGUGAAGAAAAAAUAGUAGAAAUUGAUGAAAGUAAAUUUGGAAAGCUAUCUGUUCCUAAUCGUACUAAGAAAACUUUAAUGAAAAUUUUAGAAGAAUAUAUUAAGAUAGGAACUAUAAUUUACAGUGAUUGUUGGGCAGCUUACCAAACAAAUGAAUUUGAAAAAUAUAAUCCUGAAACAGGAGUUCAUACAAAUACAAUUGAGUCAAGUUGGCGUGCAGUAAAAUCAUCACUUCCACGAUAUGGAAUAGUUAAAGACUUGUAUGAUACUUACUUUUUAGAAUAUAUGUAG